AUGGCUUCCAACCGCACCCGCCGGAUCACCAAGGAAAUCGCCGAUAUCCACGCCGACCGCCACUCGCAAAUCACGGUAGAUCCUAUCUCGGAAGAUGACCUCACACGCCUAAAGGGCAGCUUUCCCGGGCCGCCUGGCACUGCCUACGAAGGCGGGACGUUCAAGGUCGACAUAACAAUUCCAACCGAGUACCCGUUCCGUCCGCCGGUUAUGAAGUUCGACACUCGGGUCUGGCACCCAAAUAUCAGUAGUCAGACGGGUGCCAUCUGCCUGGACACACUCUCGUCUGCCUGGUCACCGGUUUUGACGAUAAAAUCGGCUCUUCUUUCGCUCCAGUCCCUGCUUAGCACACCCGAGCCCCGAGACCCUCAGGAUGCAGAGGUUGCUCGAAUGCUUCUCUCAGACCCAAAGGAGUUUGAACGAGUUGCUAGAGAAUGGGCUGUGAUGCACGCCGGGGCCCCACGGAGACAUACUGGAGAAGGCAGCGGCGGCGCUACGGAUGAGUCCAUUAGGAGAAAGGCUCUCAAGGCUAAAGAAGACGAGCAGCGAGAGAAGCUGGCCGCGUACGAGGGAUACAACAAGGAUCUUAUCGACCGUUUCUGCAGCAUGGGCUUCGAUGUUCCUCGGGUUGUCUCUGCCUUCAAAUAUGUUGGUAUCGACCCCAUGGACGGUGACGACUACGAACUCGAAGAAGCAUACAUGGGCGACAUCACCGCCCGUCUCCUCGGCGAGCCAUGA